AUAGCAACAACGCGCGAUCUUCAUUAUUGGCACGAAAAAACAGGCCAAGCAGACAAUAAUAAUAAUAAUUUGUAAACUAAACAAUUUUGAUAGAUCUAGGAGUAAAGUUGUAAGAUGAAAGUGAUCACCCCUGAGAUUUCUUGGCAUGAGCGGGAACCUGUUUACAGUAUUGAUUUUCAGCCUGGUGAUAGGGCCAUUAGAAGAAUUGCAAGUGGUGGAGUAGACAAGAUCGUACGGAUUUGGCAGUUCAGACUUGACGAGGAGGGGAAAGGCUGUGUGGAGUUCUUGGCCAACUUGAGACGGCACACAGCCACUAUUAAUGUAGUUCGGUUCUCAAAAAAUGGUGAACUCCUGGCCACUGCUGGGGAUGACACAGCCAUUAUAUUGUGGAAGCUCAGCGAUGUUCCACCUCCUGCUAAUAACAUAUUUGCUGAUGAGGAUGGGGAUGAGGACAAGGAAUCCUGGGUGUGUCACAAAAGUCUGAGAGGUCAUCUUGGAGAUGUUGCUGAUUUGUGUUGGUCGAAGGAUAACCGUUACCUUGUGUCUGGUUCGGUUGACAAUAGCGCCAUUGUCUGGGACAUUGUAAAAGAUCAGAAAGUGGCAAUUUUCAAUGAACACAAGAGCUAUGUGCAAGGCGUGGCACUUGACCCCUUGGGAGAUUUGGUGGCCACUCUCAGUUCAGACAGGUCACUUCGAGUGUUCAACCUGAAUUCCAAGAACUGUGUCAACAAUGUCAGUAAGAUGGCUCCCCUUCCUUCCUCUCAGGCUAAUGCAAAGAGUGGUGACUCUCAGAACACUGCCCCUGACCCAAAACCCAAACCUUUCAGGAUUUUUCACGAUGAUAGUUUACGGUCAUUUUUCCGACGUCUCGAGUUCUCUCCUGAUGGUCAGCUGUUGAUGACUCCUGCUGGCUGCGUAGAACUUGGUGAUGGAAAACUGGCCAGCACCUCAUUUGUAUUCAGCAGAGGAGCCUUUGCCAAACCGGCCAUGUACCUUCCCAGCGGAGACAAAGCCACAACAGUUGUCAGAGUGAAUCCACAGCUGUUUCACCUCAGACCUGCACAAAGUGACUGCCCAGCGGGUGACACUGAAGGCUCGGAUUCAAAGCAAGAGAAGGAGUGGGACAAAAACAAGUCCUUGUUUUGCCUACCCUAUCGCGUUGUUUUUGCUGUGGCUUCAGAGGAUACUGUAAUCAUCUAUGACACACAACAAACAAUGCCUGUUGGUUUGCUGAAGAACAUCCACUAUCAUCAGAUCAGCGACUUGUCCUGGUCGGGUGAUGGGAAAGUUCUUGUGAUUUCCUCAACCGAUGGCUUCUGCACGAUAGCUACGUUUGAGGAUGGGGAGCUGGGAGAGGUGUACACAAAGGCCAACACUGACGAAGGAGUGUCAGUCCCGUCUACUGUUCCCAAGGGAGUCUCAUCAAAGAAAAAAGUGGUCACAGGUGAAGAUAAGCCAUCUGAAACCUCCUUGCCAUUCUCUCGCUACACCUCUCCAAAAGAGAAGAAAACGGAGGAGAAAAGUAUCCAGAAACAGUCCUCCGAGUCGUCAAGCUCCAAUGGGAAUUCUAAAAAUGAGACCUCUGAAACAAGCUCUUCUCAAGUUGCUGACAGUAAUAAGUCACAAACAAAAAGUGCAAAUGGAGAGGUCAAAGGAGACACAGUCAAGCCAGAUACCGCCAAAACUGAGGUGUCUGAGAAAGUGGAGUCGCUUACCAUCAAAGACUCGAGUAACAAAAUGUCCUCAGAGAGUAAACAAGGAGGCGGAAAAAACCCAGAGGCACCCAAAAAGAAGAGGGCUGUGUUGACUACCAUCAGUCUAAAGAAAUAAAAUGUUUUAGAAAUUG